UCCUCUCAUCCUCUACACAGUACACACAGAAAUUGGGUGCUAAAAACCUUCACAAAUCAUAGCAGAGUGCUACAAGCAAAUCUGGUUAUCUGUUUCUUCUUCUCAGUUUUCACUCCAAGCCACCGGCCGGCCCAGAGUCGCCGUCGACCAGCCAUCAGUAGCUGGAUUCUAAAUUGCUGAAGCAGUGAGAUCUUGUGGUAGUUACUAGUUCGGUGCAUUCAAAAGCCCAAUGUUUUGUCUCUGGAUGUAGUUCCCUGCGAUGAAUGCUUUUGUGUUCUUGCUUGAUUAGCGGAGGACUACCGCUGGAAGGCGUUGUCACCGUGACUUGGUGCCUAGUUAGAAGCUGCAGCAUUUGGAAAGGCCAUGACUUCUGCUUCACACAAAGAAUCAACAAUGGCCUACCCAAGAACUCUUAUAUCUAUUAUAGCUUCAGUGGGAGGACUUGCCGUGUUCUUAAUCAUUGCCUCAUCUUUUCUGGUCUCUCAACCAAUUGGGUCCGCAGUUCGUGGAUAUUUCUAUGGUGUCAAUCAUUCAAAACAAGUUGAUUUAGAGUCUUGGGUCAAUCAAUCUGUUAUUGAUUCUUGGACUAGUGGCUUCGAUUCCCAGCAUGAUGUUAGUGUCUCGGGUGAUUCGGGAAAAUCAGGUUCACAUACGUCAAAGUCAAGUGAUUCUGGAGUUAAUACUCGACAUAAUGGCAGUGGAGAUGUUACUAAUAAGGACCGGCAUUCCAAGUCUCGGGAUAAAAAUGACUUAUCCAAUUCACAACACGGAGAAAAAGGUCCUCCAAUUGUAUCUAAAACCAAGGAUGUGGUGCAUCAACCAGCACCAUUGUCUGCAAUGUCUUCUAAUUCAACAAACGAAGGGAAGGCCACAAAAAGUCAUAUAUCAUCCAAUGUUGCAGAUACCAUUGAAAAUGUUAAACCUUCUUUGCCAGAUAUACUGGGCAGUGUUAGUGUUCAGACAGAUUUGAAUGAUACAAUUCCUACCUCUCAAACCUAUGUGGCGUCUGUGCCAUCCUUAUCUCCUGCUGCCAGCAAUGUAAGUAAGUUUGGUUCAGGCUGCGAUCUGUAUGAUGGAAAAUGGGUACAUGAUUCAACUGGACCAUUGUACAGAAACGACUCGUGCCCUGUCCUGACACAGAUGCAGAAUUGCCAGGGAAAUGGAAGGCCUGACAAGGAUUAUGAGAAUUGGCGAUGGAAACCUUCUCUGUGUGACCUACCUCGUUUUGAUGCAAAUAAAUUCUUGGAGUUGAUGAGGGGAAAAACAUUAGCUUUCAUUGGUGAUUCAGUUGCUCGGAACCAGAUGGAAUCGAUGUUGUGUAUCCUUUGGCAGGUUGAAGAGCCAAAAAACCGUGGGAAUCGAAGAAUGCAACGAUAUUAUUUUAAGUCGACGAAUACAAUGAUCAUUCGGAUAUGGUCCUCAUGGCUUGUCCACCAAACAGAUGAGUCUUUUGAUUUUUCUCCAGCGGGUGUAGUGAAGCUCCACCUUGAUGCUCCUGAUGAGGGUUUUAUGGAUUUUAUACCAACCUUUGAUGUGGUUGUGCUUUCCUCAGGUCACUGGUUUGCCAAGCAAUCUGUCUAUAUAUUGAACAAUGAGAUUGUGGGAGGACAAUUGUGGUGGCCAGACAAGUCUCGGCAAAAGAAAAUUGACAAUGUGGAAGCUUUUGGAAUAUCUGUUGAAACAAUUCUCACUGCCAUGGUUACACAUCCAAAUUACACUGGUCUGACCAUUGUGCGUUCCUAUUCACCUGAUCAUUAUGAAGGUGGAGCCUGGAACACAGGAGGAUCAUGCACUGGACAGAUAAGGCCUGCUUUGGAUGGUGAAUUAGUCGAAAAUGGCUUUACCAAUAUAAUGCAUGAGAAACAGGUGAUGGGUUUCAAGCGUGCAAUCAAUAAGAAGGCAAACAAAUCAACUUUGAGAUUGAUGGAUAUCACAAAAGCCUUUGGAUACCGCCAUGAUGGACAUCCAGGCCCAUACCGGAGCCCUGACCCAAAUAAGAUUACAAAAAGGGGCCCAGAUGGGAGGCCCCCACCACAGGAUUGCUUACACUGGUGCAUGCCAGGUCCAGUUGAUACAUGGAAUGAGCUGGUGCUUGAAAUCAUAAGAAGAGAAUUCCAGGGCAGCCAAAAGUUUCCUUCAUGAGAAUUACUGAUGUUUGUUGUUUAGUAGUAUUCUUGUACUUCGGUAAUUCACAGGGUACUUUGCUUGGAAAGGUUUUGUAAGUUACGGCUGGAGUUAGGGUUAACCUAUCAUCUGCUUUUAGAGCAUCCUUGCAGAGAAAUAUCUGUUGUAUCAGGCUUGUAAUUCAUGAACAAUAAGCUUAUUUGUUUGUCCAAUUUA